AUGUCUGCUCCAGCUGCUGCUCCAACCGACGCCCCAAAGAGAAGAUUUGGUGGUAACAAGGGCCCAAGAAGAGGUCCAAGAAGAGAUUCCGAAGAAAAGGGAUGGACUCCAGUCACCAAGUUAGGUAGACUUGUGAAGGCCGGUAAGAUCUCCUCCAUGGAAGAAAUCUACUUGCACUCUCUCCCAGUCAAGGAAUACCAAAUCAUUGACCAAUUGCUCCCAGAAUUGAAGGAUGAAGUCAUGAAGAUCAGAUCCGUUCAAAAGCAAACCAGAGCCGGUCAAAGAACCAGAAUGAAGGCUGUUGUCGUCAUUGGUGACUCCAACGGUCACGUUGGUUUGGGUAUCAAGACCGCCAAGGAAGUUGCCUCUGCCAUCAGAGCCGCCAUCAUCAUUGCCAAGUUGUCCAUCAUCCCAAUCAGAAGAGGUUACUGGGGUACCAACUUGGGUGCUCCUCACUCCUUGCCAACCAAGGUCACCGGUAAGUGUGGUUCCGUUGCCGUCAGAUUGAUCCCAGCCCCAAGAGGUAAGGGUAUUGUCGCCUCCCCAGCCGUCAAGAAGUUGAUGCAAUUGGCUGGUGUUGAAGAUGUUUACACCACUUCUUCCGGUUCCACCAGAACCACCGAAAACACCCUUAAGGCUGCUUUCGUUGCUAUUGGUAACACCUACUCUUUCUUGACUCCAAACUUGUGGGCUGACAACGCUUUGGUUGCCUCUCCUUUGGAAGUCUACGCUGAAGAAGCUUCUGCCUCCAAGAGAAGAUACUAG